AUGGACCACGGUCAUUCAGGUCAUGACGGCCAUUCUAUGCCCAUGCCUCACGAUAAACCCAUGUGUGCGAUGAACAUGUUAUGGAAUAACCAAAUCGCAGAUACAUGUGUCGUCUUCAAAUCAUGGCAUAUUCAUGGACCAUGGACUAUGGUGUUAUCAUGUAUCGCUGUCAUCGCCGUCGCCAUCUUCUACUCUUUCCUACUUCAUCAGAUGAAAAGACUGGACAUCAAACUCGCUUAUGGCCUGUCCAAUUCCGCUGGGAGGAGAGAGGGAUCGAGUACGAGGAGAGAAAGUUUGAUUCCACCCAUACCUACUGGAUAUAACGCUAUAGAGACUGGUAAUGUCAAAACGAGUCUGGUCAGUAUCGCUUUAGUACUGAUGAACAGUACUCGAUUACCUAUGCAGGCUCGUCUGUUCCGAGCUUUCCUUUAUGCCAUGUCCGUUACCAUAUCAUUCUGGUUGAUGUUAGUCGCUAUGACAUACAACACUUUCCUCUUCUUUUCCAUAGUUGUCGGAGCAUUCAUAGGUCAUGUCAUGUACGAAGGGGAAAUUGAUAUUGGGUCUUUGCUGGGCGGUGCCGGGGCCAAAGGUCUGGCUUGUCAUUAG